GGGUCGCCGCUGUUUGAGCUUAUCAAGCAGUCGAAAGAACGAGAAAGCCAAACGGACCAGCCUGAGCCCGCUGCCACUCUCCACCUGCCUCUCCAACACAGUCACACUGCUGCAGACCUCUAUCUUUCUCCUGUGAGAUCUCCUAAGAAGAAAGCAUCUGGACCUCCUCCAAGUGCUACUCCCAGUCCAGAUGCUCAGCCAGUUGUGACCCCCCAAACACAGAAACCACAGAAAUCUACCUCCCUCUCUCUGUUCUACAAAAAAGUGUACCUGCUGGCCUAUACACGGCUCCGUACCCUGUUCUUCCGGCUUCUCUCUGAACACCCUGACCUGGAGCCCUUGAUCUGGACCCUCUUCCAGCACACGCUGCAAAAUGAGUAUGAGCUCAUGAGAGACAGGCACUUGGACCAGAUCAUGAUGUGUUCCAUGUAUGGCAUCUGCAAAGUAAAGAAUGUAGAUCUUAGAUUUAAAACAAUAGUUUCGGCGUACAAGGAGCUUCCCAACACAAAUCAAGAGACGUUCAAACGUGUUCUUAUCAGGGAAGAACAGUAUGACUCCAUUAUAGUCUUCUACAACUUGGUGUUCAUGCAGAAGCUGAAAACAAACAUUUUGCAGUACGCCUCCAACCGGCCUCCCACUCUGUCACCUAUCCCACACAUUCCUCGCAGCCCUUACCAGUUUUCCAACUCCCCUCGGCGUGUCCCGGCUGGCAACAACAUCUACAUCUCGCCCUUGAAGAGCCCGUACAAAUUCUCCGACGGGUUUCAGUCGCCCACAAAGAUGACUCCAAGGUCUCGAAUUUUGGUGUCGAUUGGGGAAUCAUUUGGGACUUCUGAAAAGUUUCAAAAAAUAAACCAGAUGGUGUGCAACAGUGACUGCCAGCUGAAACGCAGCGCGGAAGCGAGCGCUGCUCCCAAGCCCCUGAAGAGGCUGCGCUUUGAUAUAGAAGGGCAAGAUGAAGCAGAUGGAAGCAAACACCUACCCCAGGAGUCCAAGUUCCAACAAAAGCUUGCGGAAAUGACAUCCACACGAACGAGAAUGCAGAAGCAGAAACUGAACGAUGGAAACGAUACCUCAGCCAGUGAAGACAAGUGA